CGCUGCCCAGAGCAGGACAGGGAUUUUUUUUCGUCCUCGUGCUGCGGGGAUACGAGCACGCGCUGGGGUUGUUGUUUUUUUGUUGUUGUUUUGUUGCUGCCGUGCGUGUGCAUGCGUGCGCGUCGGUGUGCAUGCGUGCGUGCCGAAAGCGGGGGAUUUAUAUCUAUUUUUAUACAUAUAUUUAUUAUUUUUUUGUCUAUCGGAGCUGCUGAAACGGGACUCGGAUACGCGACAACAUGGACUGAGUUUGUGCGUGUCGGAUUUGUGCACGCGUGCGGGAUAGGACUGUCUCGCGCGCGUCUCUGUCCCUUUUCCAUGUCUGUGUGUCUGGAUUAAUGACGGUGCCUGUUUUCAUAGUGCUCACGGAACUCUGGAUUAAAAGGACACGUUUUUCCUCUUCUUCUUUUUGAUUAUUUUUUUUCUUCCAAGCUUGUUUUUUUCCCUUUGGUACUUUUAUCUAAGGUAUAAAACCAAGAAUGGGUUCUUUAACUUUAUUCUGGAUUGAAAAAAGACACAGCAUUGCUAAAGAAUGGACCUCGGAGAGUUUUUGGAGUGUGUGUUUUGGCACGAGCUGCUGAGCUAGAUUACCCUUUUGAAGAAGAACUUUAAAGUGCAAGCAGCAUUUAUUUAUUUUUUUUGCUCAAUGGAAAUAAACUUUUUCCUCUUUAAAUAUUAAAAAAAAUAUCAAUUUUUGCAUAGAAUUUUUUUUCUCCAGUCUGAUAAAAUGGCCAGUCCGUCUACAGAGAAGGCUUGUUUUUCGGAUGUGAGAAAGGUGGGUUAUUUAAGGAAACCCAAAAGCAUGCACAAAAGGUUUUUUGUUCUGCGAGCGGCAAGUGAUACCGGGCCCUCCAGGUUGGAGUACUACGAGAAUGAAAAAAAAUUGAGACACAAGUCCGGGGCUCCGAAAAGGUCAAUCCCACUCGAGAGUUGCUUCAAUAUUAACAAAAGGGCGGAUUCCAAAAACAAAUACCUCGUCGCCCUUUACACCAAGGACGAAUAUUUUGCUGUGGCGGCAGACAACGAGCUGGAGCAGGAUGCAUGGUAUCAAGCCCUAGUUGACCUCCACAACCGAGGGAAGGUCCACGAGAGUGCUAAAACCAACGACGCAGGGGAUGAGAAUUACGGCGAGAAUACGCCUGGGCCAGCUUUCAAGGAUGUAUGGCAAGUAAUACUGAAACCAAAGGGACUCGGACAGACCAAAAAUCUGAUAGGAGUUUAUAGACUGUGUCUCACAAACAAGACAUUAGGUUUUGUGAAACUAAAUUCUGACGCUGCGGCAGUCGUUUUGCAGUUGAUGAACAUCCGGAGGUGUGGUCACUCCGAAAACUUCUUUUUCAUCGAGGUCGGGAGGUCUGCGGUGACUGGGCCUGGUGAGUUUUGGAUGCAAGUUGAUGACUCUGUUGUGGCGCAGAAUAUGCAUGAGACGAUCUUGGAGGCAAUGAAAGCCAUGAGCGAAGAGUUUCGGCCCCGUAGCAAAAGCCAGUCAUCGUCCAUAUGCUCCAACCCCAUUUCCGUGCCACUGAGGACGAGGCAUCAUCACAACAAUCCUCCUCCAAGUCAGGUGGGGCUGGGAAGGCGUUGGAGGGCAGAAAGUGUGACUGCGACGUCUCCAGCCGGCCCCGGCAGACAUAGCCAUUCAUUCAGAGUAAGGGCUUCUAGUGACGGAGAAGGAACUAUGUCUCGACCGGCAUCUGUAGACGGGAGCCCCAGUAGUCCAAGAUCUGCUAGGCCACAGUCCCAAAGGCACAGGGGCAGAUCCAGACUGCAUCCACCGCUAAACCAUAGCAGGUCUAUCCCCACACCAUCAUCACGAUGCUCCCCAUCAGCUAUCAGUCCUGUAAGUCUGUCCUCUAGUAGCACUAGUGGACAUGGUUCGACUUCAGAUAGUCUUUUCCCCCGACGCUCCAGUGCCUCGAUAUCAGGUUCGCCCAGUGAUGGAGGCUUCAUCUCCUCUGAUGAAUACGGUUCCAGUCCAUGCGAUUUCCGAAGCUCGUUCCGCAGCGUGACUCCUGACUCACUUGGACAUACCCCUCCUGCCAAGGAGGAGGAAUUGAAUAACUAUAUAUGCAUGACCAGGUCUGGUUCACUAACUAGUACUGGAAGUCAGUCCAGAGGAACGCCGUCUCAUAUGGAUGAGCCAGAUUUGGAAAAGUGUUUCAGGAAAAGAACUCAUUCCUCAGGCACCCUAUCACCUCCAACCUCAAGCCACCAAACAGCACCUUCACAGUCAUCUGCUGCAUCUUUAGAUGAAUACACAGUUAUGACGCCAGCAGAUAAUCGCAGUCGUUCUGCAUCAUCGUCAUCGCCGUUAAUAUAUCAGAACCUGUCCACAAAUUCAUAUCCUGAAGAAUGCUUGGAUAUACCAACAGCAGAAGGAGGUAGCAAGUCUAGUCACAAGGAUGAUGGGUACAUGCCAAUGUCACCAGGUGUAGCUUCUGCAGUGGUAACAGGAAACAGUGGAGACUACAUGCCCAUGAGUCCAAAAAGCAUUUCAGCCCCACAACAGAUUAUCAAUCCACGGCAGCACACACGAGUGGACUCGAGUGGCUACAUGAUGAUGUCACCUAGCGGUAGCUGUUCGCCGGAUCUUUCUGCAAACUAUAGAAAGAUCUGGACCAAUGGCAUGAACCCCACGCUGUCCAUUGAGAGCACAGAAGGAAAAGUGUCCUCAUGUGGAGACUAUAUAAACAUGUCUCCUGCUAGCGGCUCAACCACUGGCACCCCACCAGACUGCUAUUUUAACCCUGUGGACGAGCUGUCCAGGCCAACACAUGCUUACUACUCUCUGCCUCGUUCUUUCAAACAUGCCAACAGGAAGCAGGACCAGAGCCCUCUGCGGAUAUCGCUUGGCAGCGGUCGCUUGGUUUGUGCCGACUCUUCCUCAUCGUCGGCGAGCAGUGACAGUUUGGGUGGUCAGUGUAGUACACAGCAACCUUCCGUGAGGCCCAAAAGGUCAGAGGUCAACUCUAGACUGGUUCGACCGACAAGGCUAUCGUUGGAUGCGAACAGAGCUAGCACUCUUCCACGUAUGCGUGAAAACCCUUUCCCAGGUGAGCCCAAAAGCCCAGGAGAGUAUGUAAACAUUGAGUUUAAUGACAAAGCAUUUUCGGCGAGCUUAGCAUCACUGUUUUCACCCGUGUUUGCUGGUAAUGGAGGUGAAAUACAUUCAGAGCCUCCUCCUUCGGACUACAUGAAUAUGCAGCUAGGGUCACAAAACUUGCUUUCACAGUCUGAAAAGCCGAAGUCCAAUUCCCCUGACUACGCCAUUGUUGGUUCUUCUGAAAACUUGCCCUCUUCGCAUCUCCUGCCAUGCAAAAGUAUCCCUGAACGUGACUACAUGAGUAUGCAACUGGGCUCUUACUCCACAGCCUAUCCUGAUUCCCAAAGUAUUCUUAUAAACACUUUGUUACAGGACCCACUUUGUUCAGAGUCCCACAAUGAUAACAUCUCAACAUUAGGUGCAGCCCCAGAAAGGUCUGUGCUUAUUGGCCCUUUGACAGAUUUCUGUGGUUUCUCUCGAGUAAACCCGACUCCUCCAAGAAACCAGGGUGCCAAAGUGAUCCGGGUUGAUCCUCAAGGAAGGAGACGACACAGCUCAGAAACGUUUGCCUCCACAACAACCAAAGGGACAGUAAGCACAACCACAGGCUUUCAGUCAGAUGUCAAACGCCACAGUUCUGCUUCAUUUGAGAACGUUUGGCUUAAGCCCAUUGAGACUUCCACGCCCUCCGCUCCUCCUGCUGCUGCUGGCACAGCAUCCGCCAUUGACCCUCAGAACCAAAUCGGCCUGAACUACAUCGACUUGGAUCUGGCUCAGAACCGAGAGCCGCACGUCCCGGAUUGGAGCUCGAGCUUCCAGACACGGCAGGUGGAUCACGGGGUUGCAGAGGCAGCGGAGGAACCGAGAGCCUAUGCCAGUAUAACCUUUCAGAAAGCAGAUGACCCCAGAGGAAACCUCACUUACAGAGAAGAAUGAACAGCAGCUACAUCUCACUACCCAUCAGGUCUCACUUUUUCUAUCUCUAAAAAAAACCCAAAACAAAAUACAGCAAUCACUGAUGCUUCAUCAGCCUGACCAGCCAGACCUCAGCUUCUACCCCUCUAGAACCUGGACCUCCCAAUGCACACUUGGAACUUUCCAGAAUGCUGGUCCUCACAAAUCCACAGUUCACAUGAAACCUGGAGUCCUCAGGGUCUCAAGUCACACGAUUAAAUUUCAGAAGGAUUGUACAGAUCAAGGACCAGAUAGUUUUAUUCCUGUUCUACCACAGCAUCUUGUCGAAAAAUAGCGAUUGUAAUUUAUUAAUGAAUUUGUCAUAAUUUGUGUCUGUUUCUAUUAACGGGGACUGUCUGCAAAAAGAGUGUAGCAGCUAUAAACACCUUUUUCCUCUCUUCUAAUCAGCAUCACUCUGAUCAACGUUACAUUUUCACUGGUUUCAUGUUCAUAUCGACGGUACAGUUCUUGAACUGGAGACUCCUUCCCUGGAAACCUUGGACGUCUAGAGACAAAAAGAAAAUCACUGUACCAACGAUGUAAAGUUACACAACUGCACAUUUUCUUUCGUUUGUUUCGUAUUAAUGGAGUCAAACAUCUGGUUCAUCAGAUUUAAGAAUCGAAGAGCACUGUGUUAAGACCUCCUCACCCUGUAGAUCUUCUACAGCACAGUUCAACGCCGAAAUAGUGUUUGGGAUGUGGUACAGACUUCUUUAUUUUUUUCUUUCAGUAAAUAGCCGUACGCGAUGUUUGCUCCAUGGGUGCUUUUCUUUAUUCAUGCCUAUAAUCAUAUUUAAUGGUAUUUAUGUCACUGAUGGUACAGGUGUUAGAAAAACCAGGUACGUCAUCAUCUAACUGUGUUUUAAUAUACAUUGUUGAUGGUACUCUUACAGUUUUAUCCUACAUGCUAUUUCAGCUGUGUUUUUAUACCAGGUUUAUACCGCAUUUCAAAUACCUAAUUCUUCACGGGUAGACAAAUCUAAUAACCAGGGGUAGCUAAGGUGUCCUAGCUAGUAAUGCUAGCUAGUUAUAUGAGUUAUUUGAAUAUUUCCUCUAACCGAGUCAUUUGUAAGCCCAACAAAUGUAUCAUAAUCAAAUGCAAGGAAUUCAAGAAAAAAAUACAUGAAAAAAAAAAUGCAAGUUUGCAUAAUUUAAAUUUUUUUCUUUUUUACGAGAUGAAAUAACACCAAUCUCAGCCAAUCAACGUCGUCAUACAAUUGCGGUCAUUCGAGUUAUGGGGUCGCUAUUUAUUUCAAUAGUCCAUUUUAAAGAACAUAUUUUCCUGAGCUGCAUUAUUUGGAGAGGGUCUUUUGCUGUUUUGUUAUUAUUUGUAGCUUUGUGAGCUUUGCCUUCAAUAGAGUUUUGUGGGCGUCCCUAAAUCAACUGGCCCAUGUAUAUGCUUGGUACUAAAUUCCAAUGUCAGAACCCCUUUACACUUGGCCUAGUAAAGCUUUUCGAUAAGUACAAAGCUACAAUGUGUAACUGAGAUCACUGAUUUUCUUUCACUAAGUCCAACACAAUCCGACGUUUUUUUAAUUAGUCAUAUCAUUUCGGCCAAUGCAGGCGGUGGGAUUUAGUGAACUGUAGUUACAUCAUCGUGUCCUGGUCUACUGGUUUGUCUACCCUUGACGCACUGUGACGCAACAAACCGUACACACUGCCAACAAACCUUCACACUGUGACCCAUUUAUUUUAUUUUUCUUUUAUUCUUUUUUUUUACAUCUACUUUCCAUGUUUUUUUUUCUUUCCUUACAAAGUAUGUCAUUGUUUUCGGCUCUUUAACGCUCUCACACUACUCCAAGGAGCCACUGUUUUAGGUACUAUUUUUGAUACAGCAGAAACUCUUCAGGUUUCACGUUUAUACAUUUUUCAGGACCCUCGGCAACCACAACUACCUGCACAACAUCGCUGCUAGGUGACGCAAGGGCAUAUCGGCGCAAAAAAAGGCCAUCUGCAAUUUUCUCCUCAUACAAACGCACAAAAAAGUUAUUAGUAUCGUCUAAACCAACCCUGUAGCUUUUUUCAACAGCAGGCUGUAUCCUUCAUGAUUGAUUUACGCUUCCAGGUGUAAUUAGGCACCUAUAAGUUUACGCCGCACUACCGCCAGGUCCGUCGAUUUCCUGUAGGCUUUUAAAAUGCAUUUGGUACGAAGGUUCGCAAGAUUGCAGGAUGUACCUGUAGACCACAAAAUGCCCCACACCACUUUCCGUGGACACGCCCACCUCAAAAUUUUAAAAUGCGCAAGAACACCAGGAUUCCAAGGUGUUAGGAACCAGUUAGCAAGCUAAUGCUUAAUGUCACCUAAUGGUUACGGGAGCAUUUGUUGAGCACUACGUUUUAUAUAUAAAACUAUUUUUUAUAUAAAAUUAAGUCCAUUUAGAUACUUAGCAAUAGAACAAACGGUAUUUUCUGGAAAGCGCAUCUGGAAAGUUUUCACAGCGCUUCACUUUUUCCACAUUUUAUGUUACAGCAUUAUUCCAAAAUGGAUUAAAUUCAUUAUUUUCCCCGAAAUUCGACAAACUAUACGUCAUAAUGACAACGUGAAAGGAGUGUGUUUGAAACCGUUGCAAAUUUAUUACAAAUAAAAUCACAUGUACAUAAGUAUUUGCAGCCUUCGCUCGAUUCUUUGUUGAAGCAAGUCUUUUUGAGUUUGAUGCUGCAAACUUGGCACACCAAUUUUUGGGCAGGUUCUCCCAUUCUUCUUCGCAGUACCUCUUAAGCUCCAUCGAGUUGGAUGGGGAGCGUCGGUGCACAGCCAUUUUCAGAUCUCUACAGAGAGGUUCAAUCGGGUUCUCGUCUUUGCCUGGGCCACUGAAGGACAUUCACAGAGUCAUCCCGUAGACACUUUUUUUUGUUAUCUUUGCUGUGUGCUUUGGGUCCGUUGUCCUGUUGAAAGAUAAACCAUCGACCCAGUUUGAGGUCCAGACAGUCUGGAGCAGGUUUUCAUCAAGUAUGUAUCUGUACAUUGCUGCAUUCAUCCUUCUCUUGAUUCUGACCAGUCUCCCUGCAGCUGAAAAACAUCCCCACAGCAUGAUGCUGCCACCAUCAUGCUUCACUGUAGGGAUGGUAUUGGCCAGGUGAUAAAAAGUGCCUAGUUUCCUCCAGACAAUGAUGCUUGGCAAUUAAUGCCAAAGAGUUCAAUCUUUGUUUCUCAUGGUCCGAGAGCCCUUCAGGUGGGCUGUUAUGUGCCUUUUACUGAGUGGCUUCCGCCUGGCCACUCUACCAUACAGGCCUGAUUCUUGGAGCGCUGCAGAGAUGGUCCACAAAGAAAUGCUGGAGUUCUUUCAGAGAGACUAUCACAUUCUUGGUCACCUCCCUGACUAUUGUUUUCCAUUUACAGAAGAUUAAGGCCACUGGGUUUAUUUGGACCUUUAAUACUGCAGAAAUGUUUCUGUUCCCUUCCCCAGAUCUGCACCUCAAUACAAUCCUGCCUCGGAGGUCUACAUACAAUUUUUUGGACUUCAUGGCUUGAUUUGUGAUCUGACAUUAACUGUUAACUGUGGGAACUUCUAUAGACAGUUGUGUGUCUAAUUAACUGAAUGUACCACAAGUAGACUCCAAUCAAGUUGUAGAACCAUCUCAAGGAUAGUGGAAACAUGAUGCACCUAAACUCAAUUUUAAGUGUCAUAGCAAAGGCUGUGAAUACUUAUGUACGUGUGAUUAUUUUUUUUUUUUUUUUUUUUCUGUUUUUAAUUUUUAGUACAUUUGCCAAGAACAAACUUCGUUCACGUUGUCAUUAUGGGGUAACACAAACUGUGGAAAAAGUAAAGCGCUGUGAAUACUUUCUGGAUGCACUGUACUUUUUUUCCUCAUUGCAAUACCAGUCUGCGAUUUACAGUGCGUUGCUGUUAAACCUCGGAAGCCAGUACAUAUUCUUUCAUUUACGUUAAAGUUUUUAAUUUUGAGGGAAUUUCUUUUUUCUUACUUAUAUUUUUGCAUAAUAUUUUUUUUCCUGUGACAUGCUCUCAAUGUCUACAAGAAUUAAGAGAAAACAAAAAAAAAAUUCUCAAAGUGUCACACUUGCUGCUGAUCGGAGAAACAUUAAUACACCAAGAACAAAUGUAAAUUAUUGAGUCGAAUAUGUGCCACUUGUAAUUUGCGUAUUUAAUGUCUUUUUUUUCACCUUGUGCCUUGAUGUACAGUUGACAUGGGAUUUGGCGAUAUCUUCUGUUUCAAAUUCUUUGCGUAACGUAUAGUUUGUCUAUAUAUAUAUUUUUUUUUAAGGGUGGAGUUUCAAGUCUUGUAAAAAGAAAAAGAAAAGGUACUUACCUAACCAGUACUGAUAUAACCUGCUCUGGGAAACAUUCAUGUCUCUUCACAACCAAGUGAAAAGCUCAGCCGAACCGGUCUUCCACUGUAUAUAGUGUAUUGUAGAAAUAUAAAAAAAAAAAAAGAGUAACACAUGUUUGAUGAGUGGACCAUUGAGAGUGUGUGGUCUAAUAAAUGCUGAAAAAGCCAAAUGUUCUAAAUAUAUAUUUUUUUCUUGUUGUCUUGGGGUACUUUUUGUUCUUCUAAAGAAAUUAACAAAUGGGUUAAACAAGCGUUAAGGCGAGGCGUGUAUACCUUCCUUGUUAUACUUUUUUGAAAUUGUAUGUAAUAAAGUAGAACUUUGUCUCUUAA